AAUGGCGCUUCUUUCGGUUUGAUUGCACGUUGGCAAACCAGUUGCGUGUUAAUUUAUUAGCCAAUUUACAUUUUGUUUUUAUUUUUAAUUUAUUAGCCGAUUUACAUUUUAUUUUUAUAUAUUUGUAGAAAUUUCAACACCAGCAAAAAAACAGUAUCAUGGACAUCGUCAUACAAAACAGGCAACAUUAAAUUUCACACAAACUACAUUGAAAUCAGGAUUCUCCGAAACGGAAGCCCAUAUUGAAAAUGAAACAAUAACAACUGCAAAACGAAAUCGUGGUAAACGGUCCGUUGUAUGGAACUUUUUCGAUAAAAUUCAAAAAAAUCAUCGGUAGUCAUAUGCAGCUGCACCACCCCAAAGAACUGCGUGCUGCGGAAUCCGGAGCUUCACUGUCGUUGUCGGAUUCAAGUAAGAGCGACGAACUGCAAGUUGGAAGCCACAACAACAAAAUUGAUUCAAUAGUAAAUAAACAAAACCGCCAACUUUCAUUGCGGAAGUACAUAAAACGCAGUGGAGCUGCGUAUAUUUCGUCGUCUAACAAAAAGUUGGAGUUGGACAGGGCACUGACUAGGUUUAUAAUUAAAGAUAUUCAACCGUUGUCUAUUGUUGACGACACAGGGUUUGCCGACUUUGUUCGAACCCUCGAUCCCCGUUAUCCGAUGCCCAGCAGAAGGCAUCUUCGGGAUGUAUUACUCGAUAAAGCUUACAACAAUACUGUAGGACACAUUUACGAUAUUUUGAGGCCUAUCAAAUUCAUUGCAAUAACCUUCGAUGGCUGGACGAGCCGUACAACGCAGAGCUACUUGGUUAUUACGGCUCAUUUUUUGCUGGACAGUGGGCUAGCAGUUGUGACUCUAGCUGUUCAACCAAUACAAUCACGGGCAACCAGCAAAAAUUUGAAAGCUUUGGUUAACAGCGUUCUCAGCAAGUUUCCUGGUGUCAGCGUUAUGUGCGCGGUAACGGACUGUGGAUCGAAUAUGAUACAGACAUGUGAAUUGCUAAAGAUGAGGAAUAUGCCAUGUGCUGCGCAUAAGAUACAGCGCAUCGUAGUGAUUGCCAUUGCGAAAACGGAAUCGUUUUUAGAUGCAAAGAAGGAAGAAAAUUUGCUCGAAGGUCUUUUUGUCGAUGACGAAUAUGACGCCAUAACGCAUAAUGAGUCUGUGUCAGUGUAUGCUGUGAUUGCAAAACUUAAAAAAAUUGCCACUUUUUUCCACCAUAGUUCGUCUGCCAAUAGGCUUCUCGAACAGGAAAUGGCGAAGAGAGGACAACAGCCUAUGAAAUUGAUGCAGCCGUGUAAAACACACUGGAACUCAUUAUUCUAUUUGCUUGAAAGCGCACAAAAAAUUGGAGAUCCAUUAUAUCAAGUACUUUACCAAUGUGACAAAUGGGAGCUAAAACUCAAUCUGGCGGAAGAGCAUUUGAUACCCCAAAUAUUACGUAUUUUGAAGCCUUUCGUUACGGCAACGACAAAAUUGAGUGGAGACUCGUACCCCACUAUCAAUUUGGUUAUUCCAACUACAAAGCAAAUUUUGGUGGAUCUAGAAAAUUUGCAGCGAACCGAAGAAAAUGACCUGUUUGAAGCAGGAGACACGAUUAAAGUUACGGGAGACGAAUGUGUCAAAAUUGAAAGUCGAGACGCGCUUCGAUUUUUGGAAGACAUACAAACUCUAACUAAAGAGCGAAUGAUGGAGUAUGAAAUACGCACAAUCACUGGAAUCAGCACGAUACUAGACCCAAGGUUUAAGAAACAUGCGUUCGUUUCAGAGGGGAACUAUAGGACAAUGGCAGAACGAUUAAAAGAAGAGCUAAAAGCAGAAAUUGUUGCGGCUAAUACUCGAAUGCGUGCAGAGCGAUCUGAUAUUUCAAUAUCUCGCCCCACUAAGAAAGGCGAAUAUACAUUUUUAGAUGAGGUGAGAACCCGAACAUAUACCGAUUCCACUAUACACACCACUGCCCAGGCAAUUGUGCACCUAAAUAACUAUAUGGAAGAACCCUUACUGGGAGAACAAGAUGACGUUCUUGCGUAUUGGACAAAUUAUAAAGCUUGCGAUCCUUUGCGUGACAUUGCCUUGAGAUAUUUGAUUGUCCCUGCAUCAUCCGUUCCUUCGGAAAGAGUCAACUCAACUGCUGGGAACACGAUCACUGACAAACGUGCUAGGCUGUCGCCAAGCUUGGCGGAACGGUUAAUAUUUCUAAACGAAAAUUUCAAGUUUUUAAAGUUGUAGAAGCAUGAUCAGUCAAACUUGCGCUGGUUUUAAUUUUAAUAUGUUAAGAAAAUCAAAUUUU